UCCAAAUGACUCAGUUUCAGCAGGAAAUGACACUAUAGUUGCGACUAAUUCAGUUUAUUUUACCGACCAUUGACACAUGCCUGACAUUAGAAAAAGCCACACUGUCAAUCUGGGCGUUGGGAACCUGUGACUCAUUCGGUAUCGGUCCUGUCUCUCUGCCAGCAGGACGGCAGGGGCCACUUCAUUCUCGGAAUCGCUUCUUCUGACCGUAUGGAGUUCUGCGUCUUGCGCGCAGCUCUAUGUCCUGGACCCGGCGCUAAAAUACUUCAGGGCAACAGACACUAGCCUACCUCUACCUCUGUGGGGACAUAAAACAUGCGACACCUAAUUCAGGGUGUCUCAGUAGGUGAACACAAACUCAAACAGGGAACUCCCUCGACGUGUUCAGGCUGUUUCUCCGCUGAGCGCACACUCUCCCAGAAACCGUGAACAUGCCUUCGGAUCUGUCUUCCUCUAAAGCCCUCUACAUCGGGAUGGAGGUGGUGAUCGCCGUGUCGUCGGUCAUCGGUAACGUGAUGGUGGUCUGGGCUGUGCGUAUUAACCGCUCUCUGAGAGAUACAACGUUUUGUUUCAUCGUCUCCCUGGCCUUGGCUGACAUUGCGGUCGGCGCUCUUGUCAUCCCCCUCGCCAUAACCAUCAGCAUCGGACUUCAGACGCACUUCUACAGCUGCCUGCUGGUCGCCUGCACAGUGCUCGUCCUCACUCAAAGUUCAAUCCUGGCGCUCCUGGCCAUCGCCAUCGACCGCUAUCUGAGAGUGAAAAUACCCAUGAGCUACAAGCGGGUGGUGACUCCUCGGCGAGCUGGCACGGCAGUGUUAUUGUGUUGGCUGGUGUCCAUCAUUGUAGGCCUCACGCCCAUGUUGGGCUGGAAUAACCUUCAGUUUCUCCGUGACAAUGGUUCCCUGAUCACUGAUGACCUCUUGGUUACCUGUGAGUUUGAGACAGUCAUCAGUAUGGACUACAUGGUCUACUUCAACUUCUUUGGCUGGGUGCUUCCCCCUCUGCUCCUCAUGCUCGCCAUCUAUGUUGAAAUUUUCUACAUGAUCCACAAGCAGCUCAACAAGAAGGUGACAGCUAGCCACACAGACCCUAGCCGUUACUUUGGCAAAGAGCUCAAGCUAGCCAAGUCGCUCGCCCUUGUUCUUUUCCUCUUUGCAGUCAGCUGGCUCCCUCUUCACAUCCUGAACUGCAUCACCCUCUUUUGCCCUGCCUGUGACAAGCCGAUGUUCCUCGUUUACAUCGCCAUCAUCCUUACCCACGGCAACUCGGCCGUCAACCCCAUUGUGUACGCUUUCCGUAUUAAGAAAUUCCGCACAGCGUUCCGUAAAAUCUGGAAACAGUACAUGCUUUGUCAGGAUCCAGUGGGUCGGCUUCCUCAAAGAGGGAGCCAGAGAGGACAAAGUCAUGAGAGAAGGCUAAGGCAGAAUGAUGAUGAUGAUGAUGAUGUGUGACUUUUGGCAACUAAUUGGAUUGCUGUGUAACUGUUAAGUUUCACUCCACUGGUUCACAGAAUGGACAAGACUCUGGCUUUAUUUUCAUGCUCGAGGGAUUACUGGUCAAAACGGCCUUAAUGGCACUGAAGCAUGUCAGAGGGAUGAAAGAGAUCAGGGAACUUGAUCGUGGACCGUCCAGCACACUCUAAGGAGGGCAGAAUGACGAAUCGGCAUUGAGACAUUAUAAAUCAGACUUUGAUGUAAAUAAGACUGAUUGAUUAUUUCUCCAAUGGCUGACAAAAUGAAGAUGAUGCCAUAUGAGAUAAGGGGCUUCUCAUCAAUUUUCAACACCAACCUGUUGAACUUGAAUAACUACAGUAAGUGUAUAUCUGUAGCAUAUUCGGUACAAGAGUAGUGUAUGCUGUAUUGUAUUUUUUGACCUGAAUUAAAAUUCAUGGCCUUUUUUUAGGUGAA